AAAUAAAUAGAGGUUGCUUUGGGGAUUAAAUAAACCGUGUUGUGUGUUAACUCUAAAGUGAAAGAAAAAACGUGAAUCUAACAAUAACAAACAAGCAACAGCGAAUAGUGAUCGAGUUGAAAUCAAGUGUCCAAACCAAACCCCUUCGUUUCAAACCAGAACUCGCGAAUGGAGUGAUAGUGUAAUAAUCAGACAUGCGCUGUGUAGCUGUUAUUCAAAAAAAGCAAUGAAGUGAGAAAUUCGAUUAUCGAUGAAGUGCAGAUCGGUGGCGUGCAUAUGGUCCGGCACGCCGUUCCCUCACCGCGUCACCGCCGUCGCCGCUUUGACGGAACCACCGACGCCAACCUUUUACACAGCUGGAUCGGAUGGCUCCAUCAUCUGGUGGACCAUCUCCAGUUCCCCUUCCACACCGGAAGUUAAGGCGGUGGGCGUGCUGUGCGGUCACGGCGCACCGGUUACCGAUCUCGCCGUAUGUAGGCCAAUUGCAGAUGCAGGAAACGGUUAUACUUCGAGCGCAAGUAAGUUCAGUGCGUUGAUAAGUGCGUGCUGUGAUGGUUUUCUGUGUGUGUGGAGCAAGAACAGUGGCCAUUGCCGGUGCCGGAGGAAAUUGCCGCCUUGGGUUGGCACUCCUCGUUUAAUUAGAACCUUGCCUUCGACACCGAGAUAUGUGUGUAUAGCGUGUUCUUUAGAGGGGAAUGAAGGAUUAAUUGAUAGAGAAACUCAGCCUAGGAAGCCUCCUAAAUGCACUGUUCUUAUUGUGGACUCGUAUUCGCUUUCCAUUACUCAAACUGUGUUUCAUGGAAGUCUAUCCAUUGGUCCAAUUAAGUUUAUGGCACUGGUGUUGGGUGAUGACGAGAAGAGAAACUCUGUGUUUGUGGCUGAUUCGGCUGGGAGGCAGCAGAUGGUUCCGAUAUCAGAGGAUCGAGUGGAGAGCUCGGGGGGUUCACUUGGUGAUAAAGGUCAAUUGGAGACCUCUUUUUUCGAUGAGGAAUUGAGUAGUGUGGAGCAGAUUGUUUCUGUUUUAACCUAUGGGAAUGUUGUGGCUUCAAUAUUGGAAGAUCGGUGUGUCUUCAGGUUACUGAAUCAUAGUGUGAUUGGAGAAGUUUCUUUUGUGGAUAGCUUAUUCAGUUUGGAUCAGGGUUCUAUUCAAACACAUGCUGUUGGUGGCAUUUUUCUUGAGAAUGAGGAUGUGGAGAAUGUGUGCAACGGAAACGAAUAUGGAAACUCGAUUACAGUACGAUUUGUUGUGUGGAAUAAUGUAGGUUAUGCAGUUAUAUAUAAUGUAUUGUACCAGAAUAAUGUUUUCCAAUGUGAACCUCUUUCUGAGAUUCCUGGUACUCGUUAUCAACCUGAUAUGAGAUUAUCUGUUUUCUUUCAACAAGUAAGUCAAUAUCUUGUAUGCAUCAAGUCAAUUUGCUAUAGUUAUGAGGAUCCUUUACUGUGGAGACCACUUGCAACAAUGUGGUCAUUGCAUGAUUUUAGUGAUGAACCUGGUAAAUUGUAUCGGCAAUGCAGAAUGAUCGGUGAUGGUGUAUCUUUCACCGGCUGGUUUGAGAAAUCAACUCAGCUCAAGGGACUCGAUGGUCUUGAAACUACUACUUUUGGUGUGAGUCCAAGUUCUGAUAUUGUAGACAACAAACAAGCUGGUACUGGAACUAAUGGUUAUGCUUACAAGGGGAAGGUCGUUUCUUCCUCCAUGAUCAUCUCCGAGAACCUCUUUACUCCUUAUGCUGUUGUAUACGGUUUUUUAAGUGGAGAAAUAGAGGUUGUAAGGUUUGAUUUGUUUCAAGGGAUUUGCUUGGGUGAUGCAAGUUCCAAUCCUGAUGAAAAGCCAACUGCUUGCAAACAGUUUUUCUCAGGACAUACUGGUGCUGUACUUUGUUUGGCAGCACAUCAAAUGAUGGGUAGUGCCAAAAGCUGGAAUUUUAACCAGGUUUUGGUGUCUGGAAGUAUGGAUUGCACGAUUCGAAUAUGGGAUCUUGACACUGGCAGUCUUAUCAUGGUAAUGCAUCAUCAUGUGGCUCCUGUCCGUCAAAUUAUUCUUGCUCCAUCUUUGACUGUGCAUCCUUGGAGUAAUUGUUUCCUUUCAGUUGGAGAGGAUGCAUGUGUUGCUCUUGUUUCUCUAGAGACUCUGCGAGUGGAGAGAAUCUUUCCUGGACAUAUGAACUAUCCUUCUAAAGUUUUAUGGGAUGGAGCAAGAGGUUAUAUUUCCUGUCUCUGUCAAACACAUUCCGGAACUUCUGAUGCUACUGAUGUACUAUACAUUUGGGAUGUAAAGACAGGUUCACGUGAGCGAGUCCUACUUGGGACAGCUGCACAUUCAAUGUUUGAUAAUUUUUGUAAAAGCAUCAGCAAGAAUUCCGUAUCUGGCACAUUGCUGAAUGGAAACACAUCAGUCUCUUCCUUACUCCUUCCGAUAGUUGAUGAUGCAAGGUUCUCUAACUCCCCCUUAAAUCGUUCAGACAACUUGCUUACUUCAUCAAGGUCAUCACCAAAUAUUUCAAAUAUGACUGAGCUGAAUUCUUCCAAAACAAAUGCAGGUAAAGAAAUUUCAGUGAAGCCACAUUCAUCCUCUCAGAUUGGUCUUUUGAGUAGCAAGCUUCCUAUCAAAUGCGCUUGCCCUUUCCCAGGGAUAGUGUCUCUGUGUUUUGAUCUUGCAUCCUUGAUGUUCUUAUUUCAAAAGAAUGAGUCCGUGGAAAAUGGUGGUGGCAAGCCAGUGAAUAUCAAUUUGAAGCAGCAGGGAGUCCAGGAGCAAAAUCCCAGCUACCAUAAUUCAGAAACUUUAGAGGGGCAUGACUUGGUUAACCUAUUUGAAGAAUACUUACUUCGGUAUAGCUUGUCAUAUCUACAUUCUUGGAGUGUAGACAUAGAGCUUGAUAAUUUGUUGAUAACUGACAUGAAGCUGAUGAGACCAGAAAAUUUCAUAGUAGCCUCUGGUCUGCAGGGGGAUAAAGGAUCAUUGACAUUGACAUUUCCUGCUCAGAGUGCUAAUCUUGAGCUCUGGAAAUCAUCAUCCGAGUUUUGUGCAAUGAGAUCGUUGACAAUGGUGUCCCUUGCCCAACGUUUGAUUAGCUUGUCUCACUCUGGUUCGGCAGCCAGCAGUGCUUUAGCAGCCUUUUAUACUCGGAAUUUCCUGGAAAAUUUUCCAGAUGUGAAGCCACCUUCAUUACAGCUCUUGGUGGCUUUUUGGCAAGAUGAAAGUGAACAUGUGCGUAUGGCUGCACGCUCUAUAUUUCAUUGUGCUGCCUCUCAUGUUAUUCCUCUACCUCUAUGCAAUUUGAAACCUACUGAGUCAAACGAUAUGAGUUUCCAUACUGGAUGUAGAGACAGGCAUAACCUAGGAAACAAGAGGGAAGAGAGUAUAUCUCCUAAGGUAGAAAAACAAGGAGUUUCCCAAGAUGAGGAAUCCAAGAUACUUGCUUGGCUAGAAUCAUUUGAAGUGCAAGAUUGGAUUUCUUGUGUUGGUGGAACUAGUCAGGAUGCAAUGACAUCUCACAUUAUUGUUGCUGGUGCACUGGCUAUCUGGUAUCCUAGUCUUGUAAAACCAAGUCUUUCCAGGCUUGUUGUUCAUCCAUUAAUGAAGUUGGCUAUGGCUAUGAACGAGAAGUAUAGCUCCACUGCUGCUGAGCUCCUUGCAGAGGGGAUGGAAAGUACAUGGAAAGAAUGCAUUGUCUCUGAGAUUCCUCGUCUAAUUGGGGAUAUUUUUUUCCAAGUAGAGUUGAGUGGCCCAUCUUCCAAGUCAGUGAAAGAAAUAUCUGAUGCAUCUUUUUCUAUUAAAAAGACAUUGGUGGAGGUUCUUCUUCCAAGUUUGGCUAUGGCUGAUAUAACAGGCUUUUUGGCUGUGAUUGAAAGCCAAAUUUGGUCUACUGCGUCUGAUUCACCUGUCCACAUGGUGUCCUUGUUGACUCUCAUAAGGAUCAUGCGUGGUUCUCCAAAGAAUUUGGCUCAAUACCUUGACAAGGUGGUCAACUUCAUUUUACAGACUAUAGAUCCUAGCAACUCAGUCAUGCGGAAGGCAUGCUUCCAAAGUUCAAUGACAACUUUCAAGGAACUUGUACGUGUAUAUCCCAUGGUGGCUGUCAAUGAUUCAUGGACCAAACUAGCAGUUGGAGAUGUGAUUAGAGAAGUUAACAACGCAAACAUCAGGGUUUAUGAUAUGCAGAGUGUGACAAUGAUAAAGGUUUUAGAUGCAAGUGGGCCUCCUGGACUUCCAACUCUACUCCCAGCAUCAUUAUCAGGAACAAUGUUGACCACUGCUAUUUCAGCACUGAGCUUUUCACCAGAUGGAGAGGGGCUAGUGGCUUUUUCCGAACAUGGACUACUGAUUAGAUGGUGGUCACUGGGAUCUUUCUGGUGGGAGAAACUCAGCCGGAACUUUGUUCCUGUCCAGUGCACCAAACUAAUAUUUGUUCCUCCAUGGGAAGGAUUUUCUCCUAAUUCUUCAAGAACAAGCAUAAUGGCCAAUAUUUUGGAAACGGACAGGCUGCAGAACUUUCAGGAUAAUGCGAGGGAUUCAAAUCACGGGGACAGUCCAAAACAAUUGCUUCAUAAUUUGGAUCUCUCCUAUAGACUAGAAUGGGUUGAGGGGCGGAAAGUACUUCUUACAAGACACGGUCAUGAAUUGGGCACUUUUCAGUUAUAAGCGUCUACUGGUACCGAUUCUUAGAAAUUCUUGCUGAGAAUUUUCAUUGAUUCCAUAAUUUAGUUGAGGCUGUCAUGAAACAACACUUUAGCUUCUAAAGCCAGCCCAAACUAGCAACAGAAGAGUUUUUACUAGCUCAUACUAGCAUGGUAAUUGAAAAGUUAUUAUGUGGAGCUCCUAUAAUUUGAGACACCGCCUUUGGAGCCAAUUGGAUGUCUUUAGUACGAGUUGAGAUACUUUGGCUAUCUUUUGGAUGAAAUACUGGGAAAAGGAAGAAGUAAGCCUUUCAAUAUAGUAACUACGAACUUAUUUGCAUUUGGGGUGCCAAAUAAUUACUAAGUUAUUCAAAACGAUUAACCAUUCUGGUUGACUAUUUGGUCUCUAUCUAUGAAUAAGUUAAGUAGUUUCUGAAGUCCUCGAAGAAUAAUCUUGAAAAAUUAGUCUUCACAGAUUGUGUAAUCUUUAUAUGGACAGAAAUUACGUUGAUCUCUCCCCAAUUUUUCGGAGAGCAUCCCCUUAAAUUUUGUAUAGAUCUCUGGCUUCUCUUGCAGUUUGAGUAUUUUUUUUUUCU